CGUUGGCAGGGUGGAGGCUUCGCUCGAGCCAAUCACGUAGUGAAUGUGAAGUGGAGGGCGGAACGCACGGGGGCACACUUCCUUGCAUAAAUAAAGGAAAAACCUGCGCGGUCCCUUCAUCGCACACCUUUGCACGUUAAGACUUCCUUGAAAGACGUCAGAAAGCCAACAUGGGUGACAAGAAGGCUGUGAUAAAGAAUGCAGACAUGUCUGAUGAAAUGCAGCAGGAUGCAGUGGACUGUGCCAUGCAGGCCAUGGAAAAGUAUAACAUUGAGAAGGAUAUCGCCGCCUAUGUCAAAAAGGAGUUUGACAAGAAGUACAACCCCACAUGGCACUGCAUUGUUGGGAGGAACUUUGGCAGCUACGUGACACACGAGACGAAGCAUUUCAUCUACUUCUACCUGGGUCAAGUGGCUAUUCUGCUGUUCAAGUCUGGCUGAGACGUGGGCUCCUAAACUAUUUCAGCAUUUCUUCUCCCAUUUGCUACAUGACUACCUCCUAAUUUCUUGCUGUCUUCAGCCUGUUAUUAUUUUUGUCUCCUGCAACACUACUACAAACAGUGGCUGGUGCUUUGAGCUUGUGUAAUGCCUGGACUGGUGAUGUGUCAUUCAUAGAAAAUGCCAAUAUAAAAUGACUUAUGGUGACAGCACUCAGUCAACCUCUGCACUUCUAACAGACUCAUUAUGGCUCACGACUUCUCAGUAAUUUGCUGUGCUGUGGUGCACAGACUUGUAUGUUAGUUCACAUGACUGUAUAAUUUAUUUUCAUUGAAUUAAAAUGAGCAACAGCCUUUUUUGUUAUCCUUUUGAUUUUCACUGACAAACCAUGCUGAGACUGUUGCUUACAUGAAAUAAAGGAUGCAAAAUACUGAGAGAUUUUAGGGGUUUUGUACAUGCCUAAACAUUCCUGUUGACACUUGUAGUGUUGUUGUAGAUCUUUGGGAAUGUAAUUCAGUGAGUAGUCAUUGUGAUAUUUUCAUCAUAUUGACCAAAAAACAACAACUUUGACAACAGUAAAUUGGUUCAAAAUGUA